AUGGCCAGCAUUGCAGAUGUGAUCAUUAUAUCGUCCUCUCCAAAUCCACCACGGUCGCCAGGGCCAGCUAGGCAUGCUGGAAAACAGGUCUCUCACCUCUUGCCACGAGGUGAAACGCCACCACCAAUACUCCCGACAGCCGAUUUAUCCAAACCUCAUACGCGUUCCCGUUUUUUCCCCACUCCAGUUGCGAGCACCAAGUGCCCCGAGGACGUGACGAAGCCGAAAAAGCGAUCGACAAAGAAGGAUUCUACUUCAGACACCAACAACCAAACUGCAUCAAGCAAACCGCGACGGAAGGCGAUGAAAGCCGCGGGUGCGCCAGGAACAAUUGCGCUUGGGGACCCCCAGCCAGAGACUGUUGGCACGAAAUAUGACGCAGUGAAACCGACCAAAGGUCGUCCUCGCAAGAAUGCCAAGAGCAAAGAUUCAGGAAACAUGACUCUGGCUGGGAAAGUUACGAAGACAAGCGGCGAUUCACCAGCAAAUAAAUCCAGCAAAGGCGGGAAGAAGACGGUUGCCACAAAAUUAUCCCCUCCGGAAGACUCUCCUGAGAAAUUUACUCCCAAGGAAUCAAAUUCUUUGGGGAAGGAUGAGGUAUUGCAUCUGGACGAGGCAAUGAGAAGAAGGAUGGACUGGACACCACCAAGGGAGACCGCUAACGAGGAAAUUGCUCCUGUGAACGAUGGUGGGAGCCAGGAUAAGGACCGUGAUGAGAACAUUACGGGUGGGUUUGGCAAGCAGCUAUCCGAUUAUAAUUACUCUGGGUCGGCUUUGAAUCCCCGGGACCUUGUGCAGAAUGCGAAUGGCGAAGGACCAACAAAGCGUCGACGGAUAGAGCUGGUCAAUCCUGAAAUCCAAGCAUUGCUCAAUGGAAGGUACUCUGAUUCAAGUGAUCAGACAUGUGCGCAAGGAGAGAACAUGACAUCGGGAAAGCCCAAAAAGACAACCAAGGGCAAGCCUAAGAAGUUUACCACCUUGACGGCGCGCAUGACUGCACAAUAUUCAAUAAUUGACGCAGAAGAGGAUGAGCCGGUGAUUGAUUGCCUCCCGGACAUCAGAACGACAAAAGGAAGACGAAGAAAGACCAAAGAGACAGAGAAAGAGUCUGCGUUCACUGUACUUUCCCCGGAAGCAGCUGUCGAAUUUCUGAAUGAUCAAGAUCUUGUGUUUGGUACCUGCAGUCAAUUGGAAAGAGAUGAUUCACCGCAGAGUCUGCGAGAAACCCAACAAGCCAUCCGUGCCUCCGAAAAUCUGUCAUAUCCAGAGGGGACACGCAGUAAGGACUCUAGGGCAAUCCAAGAAUCACCUAUCGCUUCUACUCACUCUGUAUCAAGGUUGGCAGGCACCAGGAAUCUGUGGUGUGUUGGCGCCAGAGACACCGAAGGAUCUUUGAUUCAACCAGAAACACUAAACGUGGUUGACUUGACGGGUGGGGGAGAAUCCCCAGCAAAGAAGAGCCAUGACAAUGUGGAACGAACAAAGUACAAAUCUCUUCAGAGUGAUUGGUUUGAGCUUGAAUUCGCCGACAUAGAUUCAACCCCAGAACAGAGACCAUCAUCGCUACCAUUGACCCAAAGGGGCUUGGAUUCGGAUACGCAAGCUCAAGCUCCGGCUCAAACCCUGGCACCUACAGCUACGGCCAUGCCCAAGGCUAGAGCAAAAGCUGCAAAGCCUGCAAAGCCUGCAAAGAGAGCCGACGAUACCCCGACUGAAGCGGUUGGUUCCCAGCUAACUGCCUCGCUGGUGCCCUCAAUGCCACAAUAUACCGGAUUUACAGACGCAGAGUUGUCUAAACAGGUUUCCACCUAUGGUUUCAAGGCAGUCAGGGGCCGCAAGAAGAUGAUCGAUCUCCUUCAACAAUGUUGGGAAUCGAAACACGGUAGCAAUGCUACCUCUGGCAGUCAACCUAUAUACCAACCCGAGCAACAGAGAGAACCUGUCUCUAAAAUGGACAAUGUUCCAAACCCCACCGAUGCGAAGGCGAGAGCGACGGUGAAGCCUAAAUCUGCAACAUCUAUAAAAAACCAAAAAUCGCUUGACGCGAUAGAAUCAACUUCUGCCUCACAACCCAAUCACCAGGCAGACCCAAAGAAAAACUCAAGAGGACAGCCUAUCACUGCAACAUCUGCAUCAUUCAUUGAUGUCGAAGAGAUUCAAGACUCAGAAGAAGAAAUCAUGCCCUCUCCAAGUCAAGUACAAAAGCACUAUACCGACAUCUAUUCAAUCUCCAAGGCAGGCAGCCACUCCUUGGAUAUCCUCACUAAAACACCAUCACCGAGUCCGACCAAGCGCAAGGUUGUUUCUUUCAAGAUUUCAGCCAAAAGGCCGUCAUCCUCUGCAUCCAUCAAAACCACACGCACAGCAGAGUCCUCUACAGAAAUUAGUAUGGGAGAUUUAUCUACACAGAUUACCCAAGCUGUUCGCGUCCAGCCUCGGCUCUCGCCACUGUCAUCGUCUCGUGGUAGCUGUAGCCGACCGACAUGGCAUGAAAAGAUUCUCAUGUAUGACCCUAUCAUCCUGGAAGAUUUCACAGCAUGGCUCAAUGUCGAGGGGCUUGGACUUGUGGGCGAGGAUCGCGAGGUUAGCACUGCGUCUGUCAGGGAAUGGUGUGAAAGCAAAGGAAUCUGUUGUUGCUGGAAAAAGAAUGCCAGUUGGUAG